CACAUACACACUCUCUUGCUUUCCGUUGUUAUAAAUGCAUCUACUCAUCACUCUGUUUUCAAGCCUUAACAAAAAUUUUCAAGCCUCAUUUGCUCCCUUAAACCUUACAAACAUAGAGAAAGGUAAAAAUAGGAAAAGAGAGAAAUAAGUGUUGGCUCUUUUAACACACCAUCAACAAUGACUACUACAACAACAACAACAAAGGCUACUUUUUCACCACCGGAGACCGCCGUGGUACGGUCGCCGUGGCACUCUCCGCUGCCGUACCUGUUCGGGGGCCUGGCGGCGAUGCUAGGUUUGAUAACCUUCGCUCUCAUAAUCCUUGCUUGCUCUUAUUGGAAACACACUGGUCGUUCUGAGAAUGGUGAAGAAGAAGGUAGUGGUGACACUGAUCUCGAAAAAGCAGGGGAUUCAGGCAAGGUUUUGCCAGUGUUUGAAGAGAAGAUAUUUGUGAUAAUGGCUGGUAAUUUGAAGCCUACCUUUCUUGCCACACCCAUGUCUUCUUCUUCUUCUUCUUCUUCUUCUUCUUCUUCUUCUUGUAGCAGAGCUUCUUUAUUUGGUGUUGAUGUUAAAACUAAGAAAGAGGAGAGAGAUGAAGCUCAAGUUAUUGCGAAGCCAAAACAAGAGAUGGGUCAUGAUGAUCACACAGAAACAGCAACAACAACUAUACAUGGUGCGACAGAGUCUCAAGAAAAUCCAGAGAACCAGGUUUAGAACCCAGUGAAGUGCAGUUUAUUAAGCUGAAAUCAAUUUUGAGAGAGAAAGAGAGAGAGGAAAGAGAGAGAUUUCUCUUUGGUCCUUAGAUUUUGUCUUGGUUGUGUUUUUGGUGUAGGAAUGGGUUUUUGAUGUAGAGUGUCCAGGAAAUGUAAAUUUUGAUGAGAUGAAAAUCAUGAAAAGAGAAGAAGAGGAGAGUUUUUUUCUCCUACUAAUUUGCUAUUCAAAAAACCAUCUGUUCUUUAA